CGCCGCUGGGCGCAGGCCGCGGGCGGGGCCGGGGCCGCCGUCUCCUGCUUGCCGCCGGUCGGGGGCCGCUGCCGGCGGUGGGUCCCGCCAUGGGGCUGUGCUUGCCCUGUAUGGGGGGCGCCGUCAAGGACGUGGUGGAGACGCCCGACCCGGAAAUAAAAAGAAGACAGCUAGCAGAAGCUGCUGAGAAGAGGCAGAUGGAGGCUUCCUCUCGAGGAAUUAAGAAUGCCUACUCUGUAGAGCAAAAGAAAAAGAAGCAGGAAGAAAUAGAAAAGAGAAUGGCAGCUUCAGGUCCUGGAGGAGAAGGAGGACUCAGAUGGCAGGUUGGAUAAAGAAAUGUGAAUUCUGAAGAGAAGAUUGAUGUUUACUGCCAGUGACUUGCCAGUGUCUGCAGCCAAGUGGCACUUACUCAUUCUGUGGCUUUUGCUGUUUGCAUCUGAACACUCAGCAGCACUUUGCCAUUGGAGGAGAAGAGAUGUGGAAAUACACACCAAGGAACUUAAGAACUAACUCUGAACACUUAAGUUUUGGCCAAUUUUGUUUGUUUGGUUUAUGUGCAUGUUUUACUGCUUCCUUGUCAAGGGAGUGAGAUAAGUUUUCUCCCAUGGAAGUGGCCUCUUUAGCUGUAGUCAGUCAGGAUGUGCUGUCUGGUCAGUUGGUGUCUGUCUGGGUGUGACUGGUUUAAACCUUUGUCUAAGCCCUGGUGUAGAAAGUUGCUCAUAAAUAUAUAUAUAUGACUAUGUGGGUGACAGCAUUUCUCUUCAGCUUCCUUGGUGACCUUUGAACUGCUUAGGGAUUUAGUGCCUUUUACAACAAAGAGAUCAGAUUCAUAGCAGGUCCUUACAAAUGGAAGCAUUUUGUGACACUAGAUUGAAAAAAAAAAAAUAGAGCCCUUUCUAAAUGCUGUAACACUUGUAGCAAGAAGGCUGUUUUAUUAGGAGUCUGAGAUUUGUUCUCAUUUCCUGAUGUGGAUUUCUUUGGAGUCUGUAAGUAUUUAUGAUGAAUGUUGAAGUCGGACGGGAAAUGAAUGCUGUUGUUGGCCUUUAUUACCACAAGAGGGCAGUGCUGCGCUUCUCAGGAUUCUGGGCUACAGAAUGCAAAGGACUUCUUGCAUCACCCCUUGGAUGGUUUAUUGCCUGAAGAGCCUGUGCGUGUUACAGCACAGCAAGGUUUGCUAAAUGGCCAAAGCUCUCUCGCUUUUAUUCUCUGUUCAGCAGUGUCUGUAGUCCCUUUCCCAAAUGUGAAGCUGCCUUUGAUUAUUUAGGGCUAAACUAUUGGUAUUACUAGGGGCAAACUAGUUGCCCUGAGACACGGCUAUGAUAGAGGGAAGCUUGUUACAGCAUGAUGAACACUAAGAUCCCAGCUCUCAUUUUCCCCAGAGACCAUUAUGCUUGGCCUUAGUAUCUUACUGGCCCCAUUUUUGACCUAGUUUAGGCUACAGAGGCUUUUCUUCCCUUGAACUAAAUAUUUCUCCUUUCACCUCCUCCUGUAAUGUCUCAUGCUGUCUUAGGAUUGCAGACCUGACACAAUGAGUUUCCGGGCUUAGCCUUCAGAACUGAGUUGAGAAGGAAGACUUUUCAAUGAGAAUAUAAUGCAUUUGGGCUAGGAAGCUGUGUCCUUGGCAGUUGAAUACCUUCUGUUCCCUUUGUUGUUGCUCUCCUUGCUGUAUUAACUGGUCAUAGUGAUUUUUUUAAGUCUAAUGCAGAUGCAUUGAAUUGUAAUAAAAUAAACUAUUAAAAUGUGA